AUGGAGACGAGGUUGACUCUAACCGCCCAGUUCAUCAGUGACGGCCGUGCUCUCGGGUAUGAUGGUGAGAGGUUGGAGAGGUAUGUGGCAGAGCAGAAGGUUGAAUACGAGAGAGCCAAGAAGGAGGAGUUUGAACGAGAGACGGCUAGGCUUGAGCGAGAGGAGAGAUUGAAGAAAGAGGCGAAGGCAGAAGAGGAGAGAUUAAGGAAAGAGGCGCAGGCUGAGGAGAAAGCCAGACUUGAGCGUGAAGAGAGGUUGAGAAGAGAGGCGAAGGCGGAGGAAGAGAGGUUGAGAAGAGAGGCGAAGGCAGAUGAGGCCGCCAGACAUGAACGAGAGGAGAGGGCCAGGCGUGAGGAACACGAGAGGUGGAAGGAGAGAGAUGCUAGAGAGGAGCUCAAGAGAAAAGAUGAACUGGAGUUGGCACGGCUUAAAGAGAAGUCGGCGCCAGAGGCAGGUGCAGUGGUAGGUCAGGCAGUUGAGGUGCGACAAACGAGUGUCUUGGACAGGCUAGACAAGAACUUCCAAGGCAUGAAGGAAGAGGACGAUCUUCUGGCGUACCUGACGCACUUCGAGGCCGUGGCAGCAAGGUGUAAGAUUGAGAGUAAAGAGUGGGCCCUACUGUUGUCCUACAAACUGACGACACCUCUCAAAAACUUUAUGUUGAGGGACAGUCUGUUCCUCAGCGACAAGUAUGAGGAUGUCAAAACGGCACUUCUCCGCCACGCAGACAUUAAUGCGGAGACAUGCCGCAAAAGGUUCCACCGGGUCAAACCACGGCAGAAUGACUUCCGUGGGUAUGUGACUGAGCGGAGGACCGCGCUGGACAACUGGUGCAAAAUGGCCGAGGUAGGAAAGACAGUAGAUGAGAUCAAAGAUCUCUUGAUUAAAGACGGGAUACUUGAAAAUGUUUCAGGGGAGGUCUAUCGACAACUUGUUCUAAACAAGCAAAACACUGUGGAGAACAUGUUAGACAUUAUAGAGGGGUUUAAAGUCGCGAAUUCGGGGGCGUCGCUUGCUAAAGAAGAAAGUGUUUAUGUGGCGGCGGCGUGUGGCGAAGCAGUGAAUCGUGGCCCGGCCGUUGAAAGAAAAGUGAUUGUUUGCUUCGGGUGUGGCAUGAAAGGCCACAAGUCAGUUGAAUGCCCUCAACGUUCGCCAGUAGCGAACUCCACCCCUGUUGCGGAUGGAAGGUCUAAGAAAGCACCCGCAACCCCUGCAAACUCUCACCCAAAUAGAAAUGUUUCAUUAGGGCGUUAUCGGAGGCAAUUUGACGGUAGUGGGCGCAGAAUCCGCGGCACGAGCACGAGACGGCAAAGUUAUGACGUGGAGGGGCGUCCGCCUGAUAACGGAUACGGAAGGUCAGGUGGUACAGGGGCGUACGCACCGAGACCCAACUAUAACAACAGAACCUUUGGCCCACCGAUUAGAUACAGGUGA